UCAAUUUUCGCAUAUUUAUUUAGAGUAGAUUUGGAUUUUUAAGUACAUCAGUUGAGGGUUUUCUCGGAGAAACUUUAUGUUCAAUUUCGAAUUCAGCUGUUCGUUAAUUGUCCUGAAAUUUCUAGCAUGCCAAGCUCUUCUAAAUCCCGAGUAAUACUAUCGAUUGGCAAUCAUCAUGACCAACCUGAUCAUUUCAGGAAGGAUCGCUUCAUGGAUGAUGCUAAUGGUUCAUGCAAAGGGAAGAAUUUAGAAUGUGUAUCAGGUUGUAGUGAAAGGAAUUUGAGGAGAAAAUUGGAUGACGAGGAUGAUGGGACCAAUUGUUCGCAAGAUGCUUGUUAUGCAGGUAGCCAAAGUAAGGCACAAAUUACAGCCAGCAAGUGUGUGGAAGUUGAGGUUUCAACAGGCUCAAGUUCAAGUUCAAGUUUAGUAGAUAUUUCUUUAGGUGCUCAUGAGGAUGCCCCUCUGUCUACCCAAGGAAGACUAGAGAGCAGAGAUGAUCUUCAUGAUGUUCAGAAUAUAAGUACUAUCGCAGGGAGUUAUCUCAGGGAAGGUGGUUGUGUAGAGAGAGUAAGCAACAGCCUAUCAUCAGAUGGGACAAAUAAGGGAAGUUACACGAGUACAAAAGUAACACAAGCAUCUAAGAUGCAAUGGCCAAAGUGGACAGUGUCUCACAUGUUGAGUUUGUCGAGCAUGGAGAAAGUGAUGAAUUAUUACCGUGUUUUGAAUUUGGCCGAUAACUUGAAUGAUGAGGAUCUACGUUGUUUCUUGGAGGAACAGCUUUCCAAGGAGAAAGCUGGGUUGUCAGAGACGACCAUUACGAACCGUUUAAGAACAAGACUCCAUGUAUCGGAAACAGUGCACGAACCAGAUAGUUGCAGCAUUUGCAUGAUUGAAUAUAAGGACCAAGACAAGAUUGCGAGUUUAUAUUACUGCUCUCAUGAAUAUCAUUCCGACUGCAUAAAGGAGUGGCUUCUGAAGAACAACCUUUGCCCGAUGUGUAGGGCACUAGCUAUAAUCCCAGAAGACUACCCCUGUUGGGAUGGUGAUGUGCGGUUACACCAAGCAUUCUUUGUGCAUUUGAAGCUUGCAGCUUGAAAAAGGCUUCUGGGUUUAGGAGCUUUACAAAUAAAGGGGUUGCUGGCUUUGAUUCGAGGCAUUUAUAAUUAUGGUCUUUAUAGAAACAUGAGGAUAAUGGUAAUAUUAUUAUCAGCUGCCGUACAAUAGCGGAAGUCAAGAGUGCGCUACUCAAAAAAGACCUUGAGCCUUGGAGAAUCCUAAUCAGCCUAUACCCGUCGCGCUUUGGAGUGUUUCUUCGAGUCAAACUCAUCCAACUUUAUUGAAGUAAUUACAGAAAAAAGAACGUAAUAUAUCUUGUUUAAAUGAAAUAGUUAUCGGUAUGUGUGGCAUGUUGUGUUUUGUGCGUUGUUUGUGCGCUCUGUUUCUGGGUUGUGUUAUUUUUAUUUCUUUUCGUUUGGAAUUUGAGUUGAUUUGUAAUAAAGAACCAUCAUUCUCUGAAGAGAAUUCAGAAUCGAUCAUGCAGCUUGGCACGCUAGCAUUUGAUGAUCCCAAAAGAAUUGCUGUGUAAUGGAUAUAAUUACCCAGUUAACUACAGAAGUUAUCGGA